AUGCCCACGAAGAGUAUUAUGUCCAAGAAGCGCCGUGCCCCGUCCAGCUACACAUCCCAGACACGUACUGCCAAAGUUCCAAAGUCGGACACAAAGUCUUUCGAGACGAAGGAACUCGUUCGGCACGGCAUCAUCAUGAGCGGCAAAGAAGGUAAACGCUUUGUGUCCGAGACCAGCAAGGAACUAUGCAGGAAGAUGCUCGAGGUUCGAUAUGAUGAUCCGGUGUACACACAAUUCCCCCUGUCCCAGUUUGGGUUCGUCUUGGAAAGCUUGAGCACCCGCAAUAAGUAUCGUGUCAAACGGGACCUCACGCCGCUCCUGGUGCCUUCGCCAGAACAUCUCUUCUUCUGCGGUCACAAGGAACUUGAACAUGUUGUGGAAGAAGUCUCCGCUUAUUUCACGGAGGCUGAACCCCUGGUUGGCCCGAGGCCUAGACCGGAUUUUGCCGUCGGCAUAGCCGAGGCCGCUUUUACGAACGAGGAAAUCGCGAAGUUGGAGAGCUGUUUAUGUCCAGAAAGACCAAUCUUGUUUACGGAUGUCAUGUACUUUCCAUUUCUCAUCUGUGAGGUUGUGAGCGAGGAUGUUCCGAUCACCAAAGCGGAUCGGCGAUGUGUACGAAGCAGUAGUAUGGCCGUCAAUGCCAUCAUUCAGCUCCACCGGGUGUUAGGAGACGAUCAAGCAUUGAAAUUGAGCGGCCAGAUCUUGGUCUUCUCGAUCUCCCACAACGAUCAAUUUGCUGUUAUACAUGGACACUAUGCCACUGUUGAAGGAGACAAAGUUAUGUUCUAUCGAUACCUCGUCCGUUCAGUUGCGCUAGCCUCUUCCGCAGCGUCUAGCGCCUGGAAGGAGACACAUGAUUUCGUACGAGAAAUCUACGCGAAGUUCUAUCCAGAGCAUUUGGGGAGAAUCAAAAACGUCCUGGCACAGAUGAACGAUCCUCCUCCAGAGCAAUUGAGGAGAAUCAAAGACGCCCUGGCACAGAUGAACGAUCCUCCUCCAGCGCCAUCAUCUGAAUCUGGCACGAGUGUCGACGAACAGCAGUCUCAGGGAUUAGAUUCGGAUGACGAGCUGGCUCUCCUACGGGAGCAGUCGGCGGCACAGCGCAAGGUGCUGAUGGAAGAGCUGAUGGCGAUGCAGAAGAAGCAGUAUGAUGAGCAGUUGGCAAUGCAGAAGAAGCAGUAUGAUGAGCAGAUAGAAGCACUCAAACGGCGUUUGGAUCUACAGCAAGGUGUAUCUUGA